CAGGCACUCGGCACAAAAAGCUACCCAGCCGCCAGUUUCUCCCCCUCUAGCCCAGCCUCUCCCGCUGACAUCACUCGGCGGGGAGGAGGAGGAGGAGGAGGAGGAGGAAGGGUGGGGUGAGCGGGAGAAGAGCCUGGGAGAGAGCCGGAGCCGCCCGCCCUCCGCCCUCCGCCUGGGCAGCCGCGACGCCCAGCUCGAGGGUCGCCCGUCCCGUCCCGGCAGGCGAAGCCAGGACGCCCUUCGCCCGCUAGGCCGGCGGUGCCCGUGUCCUUCCGCCUUUCCAGCCGUCGCUCUGCCGCGGAGAUGGCGGAGUACAGCAGCCUGUUGGAGGAACUGGCCGAGAACAUCACCAACGAAGACCUGGACCAGCUGAAGUCAGCCUGCAAGGAGGACAUCCCCAGCGAGAAGAACGAGGAAAUCGCCACCGGCAAGGACUGGUUCGGCUUUCUGGAGAAGCACAACAAACUGGACAAAGACCACCUCUCCUACAUCGAGCACAUCUUUGAGAUCUCCCGCCGGCCGGACCUGCUGACCAGGGUGGUGGAGUACCGCACGCAAGUACUGAAGAUCUCGGAGGAGGACGAGGUGGACACCAAGCUGACCCGCAUCCCUAGUGCCAAAAAGUACAAAGACAUCAUCCGGCAGCCCUCGGAGGAAGAGAUCAUCAAACUGGCCCCCCCUCCCAAAAAGGCCUGAACCCUGUGCGCGCGAGUGUGUGUGUGUAUGUGUGCGUGGAGGGGCCCACCUCCGAGGAUCACUGCCACCCCCCCUCCACUGCUCCCGCUCAGGCACUUUGCAACUCCCCCUUCGCCCCCCUCUGCUUACGCCCGUCUCUGCCUUGCCCCAGCCAGAUAGGGAAAGGGAGAUAGGGGGUGUCCAUGCCUCCUCCUCCUCCUUCCCAUUUCUCAGCUUGGUCACUGGCUGCUACAUGUACUGGGAGGCUGCCGAGGCCUGUUUGAGGAUGGGGGGGGCCUGUAACGCCUCCCCCCUCCACUGCUGCUGCUCCCCAACGCCACCCUACGGGGCAAGAGCUGACCCACAGGUGGAUCAGGGGCCAAUUUUGCAAGGAAGUGGAAGAGAGAAAGAGUGAGGGAGAGGAAGGGAGGGAAGAGAACAGGUGGAGAGCGGGGGGGGGGGGGCUCUAGAGAGCCUUGGGGCCAGUGCCAGAGGAAUGCCAGACAAUUGCCCCGGGCAAACUCCUGCCCCCUCUGUUCCAAGAGCCUGCAAGAGAUGGGAUGCAAGGGGGGGAGGAGCAGAAGUGGGGAGAGGGUUCCUCCAGCCAUCCCUUGCCAGGGACCCCAAGAUUUCCUGCAGCUGCCCUAGAGACUCUCUGCCCCCCCCCCACGCCCAGUUCCCCAUAGGAGUCAGUGAUGGCUGCAGCUGCUUAGCACAGCUUGGACCUAGAAAGCUGGGGGGGGGGGUUGUGGAGCUUCCUUGUAGCCCAGGCACAGAGCCCUCAUUUUCUGGGGGGGGGGAAAGGGCAGGGUGUGGACACAGGCAGCUCUUCUGGGGUCCACUGGGGGUGCAGAAGGCUGGUGGGGAAGCGAAAGACCAAGCAAGCAAUCAAGAAGACGGACCAAGAAGAGAGAUCAGAUGGGGGCGUCUGCUCCUUCCCAGCCGGAUCAGAGCCCCCCCAGAGCAGAUGGAGCAGGACCAGAGGGCCCAGGGCCCCCCGCCACAGACCCCCGCCUUGCCCCCUGCCUGUCCACAAGGUGCCUUCCCUGGGCUUCCCAUCCCAACGGCCUCUCCAGGCAUUUCCACGGGUGCCUCCUUUUCUACCCCCUUCCUGUGCCUCUGGCAGGGAGUGGGGGGCGAGGGUCAGUCGCCCCUUUAGCCACGCUUGCACCCAAGGCCCAAGCCAGGUGGCCGAGUCCCUGCGCUGCCCUGCAAAAGGGGCGUUGGGGGAAGGAGCAUCCCCCUCCCAGGCCCUUCCUACCCAAGCCCUUCCCCCCUUGAAAGCAGCCCCACCCUCUGGGUGUUGGAAGCCCCUAAUCCCACUCCCCACCGGGGUGCAGAAGGGAGCCCAGCUGACUUCCUCCCUGCCCGACUUACCUCCGGCAGCUGGCUUCGGUUCGGGGCCAAGGCCACAGGACCCGGCUGCCUUCCCUUCAAAACGGCCACCACAUGGCACUUGCAAGUGUGGGUGCCGCCAGCGCUUUGGCCCGCCUCUGCUCAGAGAGACCGGGCAGCUCAGCCUUCCGAGGGCUGAGAAGGCCGGAGGGGGGGCUUAGGGAAAGGGCCAAGUUGCUUCUCUGGCGCUGGAAUGCGAAGCGUUUCUGUUUAAUAUAUUUUUGUUUCGCCCUGACAUCCUGCGCUUCUCGGCUUCCCGAGCCCCUUCAAGCGGCGUAACCGUUCCUGACACUCGUGUUGUGCUUGUUGUGUGCAUAGAAAGAGCUGGGCUAGAACUGUGUUUUUAACAUGGUGUACCCUCAAAGCCACCUCCGUGUCUCCCGCUGCCCUUCCCCACUUCUGUCCGUCACGUGCAGCCUGGGUGCUGGCCCGGGUCGGUGGGGCCAGGCAGUCUGGCUCUUUGGGGUGCCAGGCCCACAUGCAGUGCCACAACGGUGGAAAAGAGCUGGCAGGGGCCCUUCCAAGAUGGGGAAGAAGGCUUAAUUCCCAGGCUCUCCGCGAUCUCCUUUCACGCGCUUUGGGUCAGACAAGAGAUGAGAGAUGCAGGCCACCAGACGCUCUGGAAGAGCAGACCCCCCUACCCAAGGCCCCUAAACACCCAUGGCUCCAGGUCAAGCCUCUGCCCCGCCCGAGGGGCAGCCAUGGCGCUCAGGAGGCUGGCUCCGCCCACGAGGUCAGGGCUGCUCCCGGCCACCCAGGCCAACCUGGAGCACUCCUCUUCGCCUGAACUGGCCUUAAAUUAGUAUGUUUCUCUUCCAGUGUUUACAGCUGAACAGUUGGUGCUGAUCUCACUGCAAAUUAGCACCAAGUAAAAAUAGUAUCCGGGGGGGGGGGCGGGCGUGAGGGGUGUAUAUGGAAUUCAGAGCAAGCGAAUUUCUCAAAAUGAAAUGAAGUGCAAAGCAGCUCUGCUUAAAAUGGGCCCCUUCUUCUGCGCUGGGUCGCCUCUGGCAGAGCUUUCCAAGGCGCCCUUGUCCUGGCCAAGGGUUCCGGGAGACCGGAGGGGGACCGAGUGGAAGGGCCCUCCUGUGGGACGACAGGCUGGCUGCAUAAUGGCCCCAAAAGCGGAGGGGGGGGGUCUCCCAGGACCCUGUAGCUCCAAGGAGCGACAGAAGGGAAGGCACAAACCCUGCCCUCUGCUGCCAGCUCUCCACCUUUCCUCCCAACGUCCCCAACCUCGAUGCUCAGACCGUGCUAACUGUGUGUACAUAUAUAUUAUAAAUAUAUGUAUAUUAAAUAUAAUAUGGAGUGCUCAGUGUUAACUUAUUUUCUUUGUCAAGUGGACCAAAAAUAAAAAAGCAAAGAG